AUGUGCAACACAUUCUCCAUUCCUGGCGUGACAUCAGAAGGCAUCAGACUCUACCUAUUUAUUUACACAUUCAGAGAUGAAGCCAAGAAGUGGGCCCAUUCUUUAGAGCCAAACGAGAUUAACUCCUGGGAUCAGUUGGUAGAAAGAUUCAUGAAGAAGUUCUUCACUCUCGCCGUUAACGCGAGAAUACGACGGGAAGCACUAAAUUUCGAACAAGCAGAAAAUGAAACUCUGAGCACCGCAUGGGUGCGCUUUCAACGUUUAGUGAAGAACUAUUCGCAUAUUGAGAUUCCAGAUUGCGUCCUUGUGGAAACUUUCUAUAAUGGCCUGGAUAGAGCAACGCAAGCAAUUGCAGAUGCUUCAGCGACAGGAGGGUUUAUGGAUAAAACUUAUACUGAAGCAAAAGGUAUCCUAGAUUACAUAUCGCAAAAUACAAAUGACUGGAUUGAUGACGGAUACGGAGGCAGAGGUACGGAACGAAGAAAAACAAACAGAGCCAUUGUACUAGUGGAUACAAUGACCACGCUGGCCACAGUCACCUCACUCGUACAAACCAUGGCCAUAAAUCAAGGAGCUCUUUCUCAGAAUGUAGCGCAAGCCAGUGCAUUGACGCAAGUGGCAGCAGUAAGCUGUAUUCAAUGUGGAGAGGCUCAUUCAGUGGAAGCCUGCCCAUCCAACAAACAGUCCAUAUACUCGAUCCAAAAUAACCCCUUCAGCAACACAUACAACCCCGGUUGGAGGAAUCAUCCCAACCUCAGUUAG